AAGAAGCACCAGGAAAGCUUUUCGUUAGCUCCAAUCCGAGCCCUGAUUUCAUCUCCAAACCCUCACUUAACCUGACUCCCUCCUGCUGCCACGCAGGAUUUGUGACGCCAGAGCCGCGGGAAACCGAACCCACGUGUUUAGGUUUUGGUGUUUCUUAUUUACGUCUCCUUUGGAGCACGUGGUGGGAGUAUGAGCACCGAUCUGCCCGCCGACCUGCUCUCCCAUGACGACGCGCUGGCCGUGGAGAGCGCCGUCCGGGCGGCCGUGAGCACCGCGGUCCGCCUGGCCAGCGACGCCUACGGCCGCCGGCUGCAGGAGUACCAGCGGAUGGUGGCGGACCGGGACCGGGAGAUCCGCAGGCUGGAGACCGAGCUGGAGGAGCUGCGGGCGGAACGGAGGGAGAGGGACCCCCGGGGGGACGGGCUGGUGCCCCGGGCAGGCGGUUUAGGUGCAGCGACACCCGCAAAGGUUUCCUCCGAAUGCUGUGUCAUCGAUGAGAUUUUCCCCCACCAACAUCCCCAGACCGACAGGGAUUUGUGGGGGGGCCAGGAACCAGUCUCCGGAUACAUCCCCUCCAUGGUCAAAGAGGAGCCCUGUGACGCCGACACGGUCAUCAAGUGGGAGGUUUGUGAGGGGAGUCUGUUGGAUCAGAUGGAGGGACAACAUCAGCGCGGAGAUCAACCUCUCAAGAAAGGUCUAGGACGAAAACGAAGAGUUGACGUCUGGUCGCACUUCACCUACUACAACGAGGACAACAAGACCGUCUGUAUACCGUGUGGAGCAAAACUCACCGGGAAGAACACCACCAACCUGAAGAGACAUUUACAGACGACUCAUCCAGACAUACAUGUGAAGAUACAAAAGACGUCCGAUGACAAAGAGGACCAUGGACCGAGUGGAAAUAAAGCUAGCUCAACCCAGCAGCAGGCCAACUCUUCAGCUUUCCUCACUUCUUUAAAGUACAAAAGUGAAUCGAAGGAACAGCAGAUCAAGGAGCAGGCCAUAGCUAGAUGGAUUGGGCGGACAGGUUUACCGCUCGCAACAAUUGAAGACGAGGACUUUGUGCAGAUGAUGGAGAUAGUAGAUGGGAGACUAACUGUUCCAGAGAAAACUAAAAUGAGCAUUUUGAUUGAAGCACAGUACGAACUUGAAAGAGAAAAAUUCAAAGAGAGACUGGCUGCUGCCCGAAGAGUCUCCAUCGGCCUUGACUUGUGGACGAAAAGAGGACUGCCAUCCUCGUUCCUUGCUAUAAGUGCAAGCUACUUUUGUGUUGAACAAAGUAAACCGGAACACAUAUUGUUGGCCCUUGAACAAGUUGCUCACCCACACACUGCACUGUCCAUCAAGGCAUGUGUGGACCAAUGUACGCAGGAGUGGGCCGUACCGAAGGAGAAGAUCCUGACGGUGAUAACAGACAGUGGGAGUAACAUGGUGGCAGCCUUUAAAAACAGCACGGCAGAAGAAAGCAGCUCUGAGGACGACUCCCCUGGGUCCACCAUGGAAACCGACUAUGAAGUUGAUGACCAGCGGUACCAUCACGUGGACAUGGAGAUGGACCGGACGCCGUGUGUGGUGCAUACCAUCCAACUUGUGGUCCACAUGUUGCAGAAAGAGACAAUUGUCAGAAGAGUCCUGGAUAAAGCCAGGUCUGUGGUGAAGCUCCUUCGCAAGUCCUCGGUUGCAACGCAGAGGUUACUGGACCAGUGUGGCGUUGUGAACGACUGUCCCUCACGCUGGUCGAGCACGUUCAACAUGGUCACGCGACUCCUCGCAGUCAAAGAUGCCGUCUCUCAGAUCACACAGGACCUGGGAUGGGACGGUUUGCUCACCAGUGAGUGGCAGAAGCUUUCAUCGUUGCAGGACCUACUGCUGCCUUUUGCAGAACACACUAAAACCCUCCAGAGUGACACCGCUUCCAUGUCCCUGGUGGUUCCCGCCGUCUUCGACCUGCUCAGCCACCUAACGGACUUUGCAGAGAACACUCGGUUCAGAGACCUCGCCGCUCUGGCAGAGAAGAUGAGAUCAAACCUGAACCAGCGCUUCGCCUGCCUCUUGGAUCCAACUGAUGAGAAGUUCUCACCACUCGCAGCCGCCGCCUGCUUCGUCAACCCGACCGUCUGUGAAAUCCUCGUCAAUGUUGACGUGGCGGACGGAAAUAUACAGGAACUGCUGAAACAGGCCGAGGACUAUGUGGUCAGAUGCACGUUCCCACACAGACAACAGAAGGACCAGUCUGAAGACGAUGCAGAAGAAGAGCCACAAGCGGCACCGUCCUCCAAGCAGCCAGUGUUUAGGUUCCUCUCGAAAUGCCGCACCACAAGGCCCAAACAGAAACUGUCCACAACCAGCAUCAGGCACCAGAUCGUCAAGUACAAGGAGGAACUUUCACAUCCCAUCACAGAGGAAACGGCAACAGACUUCUGGCUGGAAAAGAGCGACGGUUUUUAUCACAGUUUGAAACCUUUUGCGUUAGACUUAUUGGCCAUGCCAGCUUCUCAAGCGUUUGCAGAGAGGGUGUUCAGCGUCACAGGUGACCUCGCAAGAGGACGGCGCAGCAGAGGAAGGCUCACAUUGGAGCGAAGUGCUUUCCUGAAAAUGAACAGAAACAAAUAGAACUGUUGUAUUCACUGCUAUUUACAACAGUUCCUGUUAGGGCUGGGCGAUUUUGGACAAAAAUAAAAUCCCGAUUUUUUUUUUUUUUAUUUUUUUUUUCUGAAAACCAGAUUUUCGAUUUUUUUUGGUAAAACUACAAAAGACAAUGGAAUAAAUAGUUUCAAAUAUUUUAUCUUUAUUUUUAAAGAAAAAUAGCAAACAAAUUGCCCUAUUGGGAAUGAAGUGCAAUUGAAAGAUACUGUAAAUCCUCCUUGAGUUUAGUAAAGUGACAUUUACAAUUUUCUUGACCAAACAAAGAUGACUAGACGAGCUCUGUCUGUAAUGCAGACAGCUCUCUUCUUCUUUUCCAGCUAUAUGAAAAAGAGAGAGGAAAAUCGAUUUUCCGAUUUUCCUUUUUUUAACAUCGUCUUGAUUAAUAAAUCCGAUUUAGAUUUAAAAUCGAUUAAUCGCACAGCCCUAGUUCGUGUAGUAUAUAUGCACAUGAAAGAUCCUCGUUUUCGUUUGUUUGGUGCACCAUAAGUAAACCAGUGAACAGAAUCAAAGUUAAUACAAGCUUUUUUUAUAUCAUGCACAAUGCUCUCCGGCCGGAGGUACACCUCUCUCAAACCACAAAGGUAAGAGAGAAAUGCACAUGGUGGUCAUGGAUCCAGUAGUAUUUAUACUAAAAAGGGAGGUGUUCUUUGUACGUAAAACCCAUCUACCAAGCAUAUCAGACCUUCAGCCGUAUGUCCAUGUUUAUUGCUUCCUACUUAAAGGACCUUUUCUAGUAGUUUUCUUGUAAUAAUGUCAGAUGAAGCGUUCCAAACCAAAAAGAAUGAGCCCUCUAGCGUAUCUCUCCGUUGCCUUGAAAAGGCUGUGUGCUGCAAUUCGGUCCCGAAUUUCCCGCGCUGUCCUGCGGAUGUGACGUCACAUGACGCUGCAUGUGCGUUCUCCCCGUUCUCCCGUGCCGGCUUCACUGUUGGCUGCAGUACCCCCAACGGCCGUCGUGGCGAAGGGUGGCGCUAGAGAGUCUCAUUUCUUAAAAGGAGCCUCAUGCUCCUUUAAGACGUCAACCCAGAUAACGGAUGAGACCCAUCAGUGUUAAAACAUCUGUUUCUCUUCAUUGUCUUCACCUAACGAAGAGUAAAUAUCCAAACUAUUUUAACAGCCUAGUCAUAAAACGGGAGUUGAUCCUGCAAAUACAGAAAAACCACCAGUGUAGAAUCUUAUAGAAAAACUCUUAAACAAUUUCAUAAAAUCCUAACACACAGCUUGAAAGUUACUGAUCUAGCUAAUGCUGUUGCUAAUGCUAAUGGGGAUCCUGAAUAAAACAAACUGAUCUGGUACCGUAUUUGUUUAGUUUUUUGUUUAAUAUGAUGAGACCAGAGAGAUUAAUUUUUUUGUUACAUGCAUUAAUGGCAUUACAGCUUGGCAUCACUUGUCUUGAGCCCAUUGAUACUUCUUUUAAUUAUUAACAGAGGAAUAUUUCAUUUUGUGUGCAAUGAUAUUACAACCAAUGCAUAUGUUUUUUUUUUGUUUUGUUUUUUUUACAUAUUUGAGUUUUGUUUUUCUUUUCAAAUGUCAAAUUCAGAGUAACAGAUAAAGAAGAUGAUGCUUACCGAGUUUUGUGGGGGGGGGCUUUGUGAUAUUUACCGGUAUUUUUAAUGCUGAGAGCCAUUUUCUUUAUUUUUAUUUUUUUUUAUUUUUAUUUUAUUAUUUACUUGAACAUUAAGGAGUAUUUCUUACAUACAUCUUUUAUUUUACAUUUGAAUUACACUAAUCGGUUCUGUCCAGAUCUUGUUGAUUUUGCACAGGGUAGCAAGGCAUUCUAAGGCAGUUAUUUAACUUCUCUUGAGGUACUUGAACAUUAAUAGUAUGGAAACGAUUGUAUGUCUUUUGAGGAAAAGCCAUGGUGAUGUUUGACAUUCAGAAUAAAAU